AUGAGCUACGCCGCCGCUGCUACUACGGGCCUUCCCAUGGCUGCCAUCCCGGGGAGCAACAACAGCAAACGCUCGCAGCGCAACAUUGUCCUGACGCGUAUGAAAGACAAAUGCCAAGGCAGCAACAAUCCUAAAAAGACGCCCAAAUCUUCCAUAGUGGAACGCCUUCAAGCCUGUUUGGAAAAUGACAAGAUUCGUGAUUUGUACUUGGUUGCCAAGGAUGGAGUACGUGUCCCUGCCUUGCGCUGCGUCUUGGCCAGUGCCAGUCCAGUACUGGAACGAAUGCUCUACGGAGACUUUUGCGAAUCUCAUCAAACCGAAAUUGAAUUGGGAGAGGACGGCAGAAGUAGUAGCAAGACGUUGGAAGCCUUGGUGGAAUUCUGUUGUUCCGAUCAAUUGACCACGACGCGAUGGAAAGACUUGGAUACCGCCACCAUGAUGGAAGAUGUCAUGAGUGUUGCUCGAUUGGGACACACGUACACCAUGCCAGCCCUGCAAGAAGCGGUUCAUGAUUUGGUGUUGCCUCGCUUACAGGAAGACCCAUCGUUGGCGUGUGUUGUCUUGAAGGGUGCCAAUCCCAUGUCCACGCCAGAAUUGUAUGCGGCAGCCAUGGAAAUUAUUCGAAUUCAGCCCUACAUGGCACUGAAAAGUUCUCCAUCAGCAACUGCCAAAACAUCCAACAAGGAAGACGAAGAGGACGAGGAAGAAACAAUGCUGGAGCAACAAUCGACUACCACAAAUACCACUAGCACUACUCGUGGCGGAAUUGUGUGUUUGCCACCAGAACAACUGGAAGAAAUUCUCCAGGAAGAUGUAGAAUGCGAUGAGUUCUUCCUGUUUCAAUGCCUUCUCGAUUGGAGAGAUUACAACCAAGACACCUUGGAUGCGGACGUGAAUGUCAUUUGUGAGCAACUCGUCCGACGCCACAUCCGUCUAGCUUGCAUUGAUCCAGAGGAUUUGAAAUCAACCGUCAUGUCUUCUGGAUUUGUCAGCCAAGAACUGCUGUUGGAAGCUUUCAUGCAACAAGCACUUUUGGCUUCCAGGGACGGAAUCACGUUUGCCACGCUUCGCAGUGCCCCCGAGGGAGAACAGCAUCAGGGACAUGUGUUGGUACAAGGAGCAGGCCACUCCGAGUGCAACGGACUGUAUACACAGCAACGCAAUCUAUCGUUUCCGCCUUUGGUCUACUACAGUCGAUACAGUCACGUCGACGGGGAAACAUACUAUCUCGUGAAAGAUCGCACGGAUCCAAACUGGAAAAUCAGUGCCAAUGGGACGACCUUUUACGAAUGGAAGACAUGCGAACAGUCAGAGGAUGCUGCCGUGGAUCGAGCAAAGCAUAUUCCUCCUCAGAAGGGUUGGUCCGUGCACUUGCCGUGUGCCUCCACUUCUGCACAAUUGUCGAUACCAACGUGCAAGUUCUUUCGGCCCGCUACUUCUACUAGUAGUGCUAGAAACGGCAAGACGACAGCAGCCAUCCAGGACUAA